AUGACACGACCCCCCGCCAUCCGAACAAUCCCACCAUCAUUCCACGCCAAGAAAUCGCAGGUCCUCCGCUCGCUGAACCAGCCGACCGAGUCGUACACGGACAAUUCCCCCAAGGGGACCGUGGACGCGCAGAUCCGCGACCUGAUCGACGAAAUCAAUGCCUACGAGGGAUUCGUGACGACCAGUUCGUGCGCCGGCCGGGUCGCCGUGUUUGUGGAAGGGCCGAGGCGGGAAUCGACGGGCGCGGGCAAGGCGAAAGGUAUUAUCAGCACGAGCACAAGCACGAGCACAGGCGGCGGUGACUCACUCGUUGGAAAGGGCGGAGCGCAAACGGGGCAUUCCCAGGGCGAUGGAGGCGAUCUGGUCAACGACGACGACGACGACCGUGACGACGGACGGCAUGGGCCUGUCAUUGUUGGUGGUGGUGGUGGUGGUGGUGGAGAUUCAUGGGUUGGAGUGAACGGCGCGAGUACGAGAGCCACCACCACAGCCCCAACGACGACGACGACGACGACAUCACCCGGCGGCAAGGGUGGCGGACGAUGGCUCUUCGUGUCUCAUGAUCGGAUUACCGUGCCGAGGUCACGUUGUGGCACAAUCACAACAACAACGACGACGAUGAUGACAGAUACGAGUACGGGUACGGGCACGAAAAUCGAUAAAGACUACAACACGAUCCAUGGAGAAUAUUUCUCUAGACUGUUCAACCUGGAUGGUAAAGGCGAGGCGGCCCCCAUCCCGGCCCUGUCCUCACCGUCCUCGUCGUCGCCACCCCGGUUGGUCCAUCUGACCUUCUCGCCGCUGAUCCUGCACAUUCACUGCGCGUCGCUGCUGCACGCGCGGCCCCUCCUCGCGGCAGCCAUCAACGCCGGCUUCCGCGAGUCGGGCGUGCAAUCCCUGCGCGUGCUCGAUCCUCAGGAGGCGGACAAGGGCGUCAUGGUCGCGGUGAGGACGGCGGGAUUGAGCUUCGACACUGUGGUAGGGUACGUGGACGAGAGUAAAGUCGAAGUUGACGAGGGAGAGGGAGAUACUGCCGCGCCCCAGCACAAUGAAACAGUCCAUCGGAUUGUAGGAGAGGAGUACUUGCGCAUGUGCGUCGCGGUGGUCAACCAGCGGUUCGGGUGGAAUGAGGAGAGGAGAGAGCGGUUUCGAGAGGAGUUGAAGAGGGCGAUGGAGAGGGAGGGCCUUGCUUCUGGUGUGGCGACCGGUUGGGAGGACAAAGAGGCAAGAAGGAAGCGGAAGAGGGAGGAAGGAUUGGCGAGGCAGAUGAGGACGAGGAGGGAAGGCGAGGAGGAAAACACCAUCAAGGACGAUGUGUCGACGUGGAGACACGAGGUCGACACGGUCAACACGAUCGACAAUGUCUUGGAUGUGCUUGACAUCGGCUGA